AUGGUAUCGAAGAAAUCGGGCUCGAUGGCUAUGGCAUUUGUUUGGUUCUUUUGUUGGACCAUCCAAGUCAUCACGGGGACUCCUGUGGCAUCCCUUGAAAUGGACCGAAAUUUUGGAUCCCCUUUAACCGAUGAAGAACUUAAUUGCAUACCAACAUUUAGCAAAGCAGCAUCCGGCACACCAAUGUCGGAGGGAAAUGAUAUCGUGAUUUUACCGAAUAAGAAUGCUUACGUAAACCAAAAGUGGCCCAAUCCAAGUGAAAUUCCUUACGUCAUCGACUCCACAUUUGAUGACAAGGCCCGGUGCGCCAUAGGUUACGCCAUGAACCACUACCACAAGAACACCUGCAUCCGGUUUGUUCCUCGAACCGACCAAAAGGACUACAUCCAAAUCAACAGACUUGACACUGAAAAUUUCAGUUGUUAUUCAUUGGGACUUGGUUACUAUGAAGGCGAAGGAGCACAUGGAGUCACUCUUUCACCCAGCUGUUACGCGUAUCAAGCUGGAACCAUCAUGCACGAAUUGAUGCAUCGAGUUGGGUUCCACCAUGAACACACUCGACCCGACCGCGACACAUACAUUGAUGUCCUUUGGGAUAAAAUUUCUGAUGGUUCCGUGAUGCAUUACCCGUUGGGUACGGAAAUGGUGACCAAACAGGAAACCGAUAUUGAGAUAGGACAGCGAAAAGGUUUAAGUGAGUUGGAUAUCGGCAAACUCCAAAUGAUGUACUUUCCAUCCUAA